AUGAAACGAAUUAAAGUACGACGAUUUCAUGCAAGAAACUAUUUCUAUGAGCGAUUAUUAUUGGAAUGGAAGAAAAGCAUUGAAGAUCGAAAUAUGAUAUCGACUUUGUCUCGGGCGCAUAUUAAUUUGCGAAGUUAUCCACUUGAGAUUGCAAAUAUUGCUGAAUUAAAGUUAAUCAGAGGCAUUGGCGAAACCAUUGCGCAGAAACUUGAUUCAGCCUGGAACAAUGCAUGCUGUUUGCUGCAGUGUGCACCAACUCUCAACCAUUUGAAACAUUUAAAAUCCGAGGAAAUUUUAUCAUUUAUGAAAAGCGCGAUUCAUGAACGACCAACCAAUACAAUCUGUUCAAAUGUCGCACAGUCUUCUAAAUUAAUAAAUGGUGGUGAUGCAAUUCCAUCAAAUUUUAAAUUAAUGACAGGAAAUUUCGAUGAUGAUUAUAUUGCUGAUUGUUUAAGGUGCCGCAAAUACUCAAUUAUAGGUUUUCAGGGUGUCAAAUAUGAAUCUCGGUCAUUAUCUGUUGGUGAUUUUUUGUGGAUACUUCGGAAACAAGAUGGAUCAGAAUUGGUGUUGGAUUAUAUUAUUGAACGCAAAACAUAUAAUGAUCUGUCGAGAAGUAUUGUUGAAGGAAGAUAUGAAGAACAGAAACAACGCUUGAUGGCAACGAAUAUUCGAAAUAUUAUAUAUCUACUUGAAGGCGACUUUCAAACUGAUUUACAAUUAAGAAUUCGAUUUGAUCUAUUUCAAAGGUUAUACAAGAAAACUCAAAGAACAACUGUAAGGGAUCUUUUUUCGCGCCAGCUUACUGUUUGUCCGCGAGUAAGUAUUGCAAAGGCAAGGUUAAUAACGAAGCAUUUCCCAACUUUAUCGUUAUUAACGAAAUUCUACGCAUCAGUUUCUCCUCAUCAGCGAACUUCUCUUUUAUCUGAUACCAUUCACGGAAUUCCGAAAUCGUUAAGCGCUAGCAUUUCCAAAUUUUUUAUGGAAAUUUGA